AUGAGGGGAUGGAUAAUCUUAACAGGCUGUUUAUUAUCGGUGUGGAUACUUCAAUCGACAGGUGACCUUAUCGGUCAGUACCAGCAGUGCGGGGAUGGGUGGGUACAGCGGAAGGGGAGUAAUAGCUGUUAUUUCUGGGAGACAAACAAUCUCCAAACAUACGCCGGGGCUCUACAGGAAUGUAACCUCAUGAACGCAGACCUCCUCGUUAUCAAUGAUGAUGCUGAACAGGACUGGGUUAAUGUAGAAUCUGAAACAAACAAGGUAUACAAUACAGGAGGUUGGUACAUGGGACUGCAAAAGUCCCCCACUAAGGGAUGGGCCUGGACCACGCAAACAGGAACAUCCAAUAUAAACUGGAAAAAUGAACCAGACGAUGCAGACAACCAGGACUGUGGCAGUGUAAACCAAUAUGGUCGCUUCUCGGACGACUUUUGUAACAAUAAGUACGGAUAUAUUUGUCAGUAUCCGGCUCCCCAAGGACAAGCGUGCCCAAAGGACAGCGGCAAAGUGCGUCACAUGUUUGCCAAUGGUAACAUAUGUAUUUACGUCAGUAACCCAUUGGAUGCCAAUGACCUCUAUACCUGGCAAAACGCCAAAAGAAAAUGUCAGAAUAUAAAUCCUUCAGCGUCUCUAGUGUCUGUGAAAACUUACAUUGAUUUGGCCUCCCUUCAAUUUGUGUUGUCCACACAAAAUCCAAACGUACAAAUCCCGUGGUGGACAGGCCUGAAUGACCAGCAGAAAGAAGGGGCAUAUGUCUGGCAGGAUGGGUCUACCUAUAAUACUUCUAUUGUAACCUGGGAUAAGGCCCCAAGCUCAGACGCCUCAGAACGUCAAAAUUGCGCAAUUAUGAGAUCUGGGGGAUCUGUUGAUGACGUCACAUGUGCCACAAGAGCUUUCUACGUCUGUGAAGCAAACUCUUUGAAAAAUUACAUAGAUGUUGGAUGCGGACCUUGGAAAAGGGCAGAGGGCAGGUGCUAUCUCUUUGGAAACGGACAGGGAUAUUCUUGGAGUGACGCACGAGCGAAAUGCCAAAAGGCAGGCGCAGAUCUAGUGAAAGUCGAUGACAAAAACCAAUACGCGUGGUUAAAAGUAAUUGAGAUGCCUGGGUGGCGGGGCUACUGGACAGGUCUGAGGGAUGCUGGACACGAGGGGACAUGGCUGUGGCAGGACGGAUCUACGUGUAAUGCGAGUUACGUGAAUUGGAGACAUGAACCAAAUAAUUAUGCUUCCAAUGAGGACUGUGGCCAGAUGUUUGGAGACGGGGUCCUGAAUGAUUUAGACUGUCAAGCUCACCUGGGAUAUAUCUGCGAAUACCCCAAACCACCAGGUAAAACGUGUCUAACCAAUUGGGUCGGAAACGGAAACUCAUGUUACUUCUUUAGUAACGCGUCUUCCUCCGAUAAACUCCGAUGGAAAGAUGUUUACCAAAGAUGUAACGAUCUGGCGUCUGACGCAGGAGUUACAGCAAAUUACCUGUCCAUUGAUUCACAGGGCGAAAAAACUUUCGUGCAGUCACAGGUGACAUUGCAGAUUAAGAAUUCCGGGGGCGGUUGGUGGACUGGCUUAAACGAUCAACAGGCGGAAGGAGUGUGGAUGUUUAAUGGAGCAACCGCCCUUCCAGAUCCCUCCCUUUUAAACUGGGCGAAUGAACCAAAUAAUGCAGGCGGCAAUGAAAAUUGUGCUGCUAUGUAUAAAGGAGGGAGAUUCAAUGAUCUGCCAUGUGAUGCUAAGGCCUACUUCAUUUGCCAGAAGCCUGUUCCCGGUUUCCAAUCUUCAAGUUCCAUCGUCACACCAAGCUUUGUCGCCUGCUUUGUCCUAAGUCUUCUGAAACUACUUUUGUGAAGUAAACUACCUCCUUUUUACAGCUUGCAUUUUCAGGAAAAGUACAAGACAUACGAUGGGUUCUAUGAAUUCUACACAUUACAGGAAGACGUUUGUC